UGGGUUGCAGGUGCUGCUCCACAUGCUGGCAGGACGGUCACCCAAAACGAUGAGAAAACACUGAAGCUCAAAUACCAGCAGGAGAAACCAGAGGAAAUCACACCGGCAUCUGCAAACCACCUGCAUCAGGUCAAACCCCGCUCCACUCCAGCAGCCAUGGCGACUGUUGCCGUGACAAUCCUGCUCCUGCCGCUGCUGACCUCCGCCCUACCCUUCCAGCAGAAAGGAUUUUGGGACUUUGGCAAGGAUAUUGAUGUGAAGGACCUGCUGAUGACGAUGAUGAAGGACCAGGAGGAGGGCUCGGCGUACGAGGAGCUCCCCCAGCCCGAGCAGCCCACCUGCCCCUUCGGCUGCACCUGCCACCUGAAGGUGGUGCAGUGCUCCGACCUCGGUUUGACCCACGUGCCGUAUGACAUCCCCUCAGACACACUGCUGCUGGACCUGCAGUGCAACAUGAUACAUGAGAUCCGAGAGGGAGACUUUAAAGGCCUCAGUAACCUCUAUGCUUUGGUACUGAGGAGCAAUCAGAUCGCCAGGGUUCACCCCCGGGCCUUCCUGCCUCUGAAGCGGCUGCAGAAACUCUACAUCUCCCACAACCACCUCACCUCCAUCCCCCGCAACCUGCCUGCCUCACUCGUGGAGCUCCGUAUCCAUGACAACCACAUCCGCAAGGUGGCUGCUGGGACCUUCUCGGGCCUGGGCAACAUGCAUGUGAUCGAAAUGGGCCGUAAUCCCCUGCAGAACAGCGGCUUCGAGCCUGGAGCUUUCAUCGGCCUCAAGCUCAACUACCUGCGCAUCUCUGAAGCCAAACUAACAGGAGUGCCCAACGACUUGCCUGAGAGUCUUCAUGAGCUUCAUUUGGAUCAUAAUCAAAUUCAGGCCAUCGAGCUGGAGGACCUUAGCCGAUACAAGCAGCUCCAAAGGUUGGGCCUUGGUUUGAAUCACAUUCGUCACAUUGAGAAUGGUGCUUUGUCUUACCUGCCCAACCUGAGGGAGCUCCACCUGGAUAAUAACCGUCUGUCCAGCGUGCCUUCAGGAUUGCCUGAUAUGAAGUACCUGCAGGUGAUCUACCUGCACUAUAACAACAUCACUGAUGUCGGAGUGAAUGAUUUCUGUCCAAUGGGAUUCGGGAUGAAGAGAGUUUUCUACAACGGAAUCAGUCUGUUCGGAAACCCCAUCAAGUACUGGGAGGUUCAGCCGGCCACGUUCCGCUGUGUCAGCGACAGGAUGGCCGUGCAGUUCGGAAACCACAAGAAAUAA